AUGCAAUUGCAUAUUUUGCAAUUGCAUGAUGAGUUGGAAGGAAGAAAUUUUGAGCAAGUAAUGAGUUGUUCCUUCCUUCAUCAUCGCCUCAAUCUCAACAACUUCUUCCACCACCGUAUUAUAGCUUCUCCUUUCCCCUUUCUUUCUUCUGCUCCUCCUUAAUUCAUCAUUCAUCACUUUCUAUUAUUCCAGACAUUUUUUGUGGCACUCCUAAUUGCUGUUUAAGAAGUGCCACUUUGGGAAGGAAAAGAAUAAUCAUCUAUGGAGAACCUUCCAGAAUCCCCUAGUCAGUCUAGUGAAGAAUCUUCACCAGUUUAUGAUUCUGCUAAAGGUCUUAAGCAUGACAUUGAUACAGCAGCACCUUUUGAAUCUGUCAAAGAUGCUGUCUCCAAAUUCGGAGGAAUAGUCGAUUGGAAAACCCGUAGAACCCAAAGUCUGGAGAGAAGCAAGAUGGUAGGACAUGAAUUUGCAAAACCGAGCACGACCGAGGAACUGGAAAACACGAAGAAACUCAUAGAAGAACUCAGAGUCAAUUUAGAAAGUGUAGAAAGAGACGAGGUUCAGGUUAAAGAAGAAGCCGAACUUGUGAUUCGCAAAAUCGAGGAGCUGGAGCAAGACAUUGCAGAUGAAGCCAGUUUUGAAGCCAAGGCACAGCUUGAGGUUGAACAAUCCAUGCAAAGUUCCGCGGCUUCGGAAUUGGAGUUCUUGAAAAAAGAAUUGGACUCUUUAAGGAGAGAGUAUGAUUCUAUGGUGAAUGGAAGGGAUGUAGCUAUCAACAAUGCGGAAGAGGCUGUUGCAGCAUCUAAAGAGAUAGAAAAAGCAGUUGAAGAUUUAAAUGCUGAGUUAAUUGCAACAAAGGAGUCAUUGAAUUUGACUCGAACAGCGCAUUUGGAAGCCGAGGAACAAACAUCAGGCGUCAUUGAUGAAGAAACUCGCAACUGUAAGCUUGAACUCGAAAAAUCAGAAGAAGAACUCGAGACACUAAACCAACAAGUUUUAUCAGCAAGAGUUCUCAAAUCAAAAUUGGAAGCUUCUUCCUCUUUGUUGCUCGAUUUGAAAGCCGAGUUAGCAGCGUACAUGGAAUCAAAACUAGAAGAUGAAACCGAUAUUUUAAGAAAGAAGGAACUCGAGGAAGUGAAAAUGAACAUAGAAAAAGCAACAGCUGAGGUCAAUAGCUUGAAAGAAGCUUCAAUAUUGCUUCAAUCAGAACUAGAAGAAGAGAAGUUGAGUCUCAACAAGUUAAAAGAAAGCGAAGAAAGAGCUUCUGCUAAAGUCACUGACCUUCAAGUCGAGCUCGAGAAAUCAAAAUCAGCAAUAGCUUUUCUUCAAAUGAAAGAAAAUGAAGCAAGAGAGGUUAUGGCUGAGUUACCUAAGAAACUUCAAGCAGCAGUACAAGAAGCCGAUGAAGCCAAAUCAUUAUCUCAUGCUGCUCAAGCCGAACUUCUUCAAGCACAAGAAGAAGCUGAACGAGCCAAAGCAAAUUUAGCUACGUUGCAAAACAGAUUACGAGCAACAAAAAUGGAGAUAGGAGCUUCGAAAGUUUCUGAAAAGUUGGCUAAAGAUUCAAUCAAAGCGUUGGAGAGAAGUGAAUCAACUAGAGGAGGAAGCAACAAGAAAGAAGUUGAUACUUCAUCUCUUGUGACACUCACAUUAGAUGAAUACCAUGAACUCAGCAAGAGAACUCAGAAAGCCGAGGAACAAGCUAAUCUAAGAAUCGCAGCUGCAAACUCACAGAUUGAGAUGGCAAAGGAAUCUGAAUUAAGAAGCUUGGAGAAACUAGAAGAACUGAAUGAAGAGCUGUGUGUGAGAAGAGAAUCAUUGAAAAUUGCAACUGAGAAUGCUGAGAAAGCGGCAGAAGGAAAAUCAGCUGUAGAACACGAGUUGAGAUCAUGGAGAGCUGAUCAAGAACAACAAAGGAAGGAUAGUGAGGUUAAUACUACUACUGCUGCUGCUCCAACUGUGAAUGUAAAUGAUUCAUCACACACCUCAAAGGGAAAAGCUCCUUUAGAAAACAAUACUAAUAAUGAUAACAAUAAUAAUAAUAGCAAUGAAAGUGGAUCGUCUUCGGAUGCGAAGAACAAAAAGAAGAAGAAGAAAUCAUUGUUUCCUUCAAAGGUUAUUAUGUUCUUUGCUAAAAGGAAAACACAUCCUAGCAAGUGAAUGUAAACAAUUCUUCUUCAAGUGAUGAAAAGCAGUACAGUAGUAUAACUAUAAGUCUUAAAAACCAGUCUUGUUUGUGAUGAGAGGUUAUUUAUUGUCUUGUUUGUAAUGAGAGGUUAUUUAUUGUCUGCUAAAAUUUGAGAGUUUGUAUUAAAUUAAUUCUUUUGUUGCAAGAAGGAAAUAAGAUCAAUUUAUUGUAUAUACAACAAGGUUUGAAGGUAAUAGCUCUAUUAUAGCUGCUCUAUUAUUUUAA